AUGCUGGGCCGGCUGAUCCAGGGCUAUGGCAAGGGCCCUUCGAACCUCGAGUCCACGACCGAAGAGGCCCACAGUCGCUCCCUGCUAUGGCCUUCGCACAUCGUCGACUACAAUCGAGGUCUCCCUUCCUCGCCACCCAGUACACCUAUAAGCUCUUCUGCCGUCCGCAUUGGCCCAUUUGAUGACAGAGGUGGAAUUGAGAUCAACCAGUCCAGAGAUUUCCGAGUCAUUAUUGCUCAAGAUGCGUUUGGCACACUGGACAAGCAAUUGGUCUUAUUCGAUUCGCACAAAACCUCGCCGGAUCCAAGUGGGGGACGAGUCUCCACCGGCCCUAAGAGUAUACCGAGGGACAAUGCUAAAGUUCGCAUACAGCCUCAGCAACCUGCUGCUCAUCAGCGCAAUAGAAGCUCCACAAUCGCAGGCCCUCCCAGCGCAUGGUCACGCCCAAAUCGGGAGCCUGAAGCUGACGACAAGGUAAAUCGCUUAUUGGAGUGCAUGUUUGGCAACACGAGCACAACCAAAAGCGACUCCAGUACCAAAAUGCACAUCCUCUACUCCGGACGGGACUCGAGGAGCACAGAAGCUCCGAACUCAAUGGCUACCUCGGCUCGUCCUCCCUUCGUCAAAGCUCUGACAUCAAGCCAGCCUGCUGCAAAUGGCAGGGGGCUUCGGACUGUAGGCCAGGAGGCCGUCUCCAACGAAGACGUGAUACUGAUUACGAGACUGUUCGCCGUUCCGCUGCCCGAUUCCCAGGAACCUGUCCCUUCUCGAUCCAAGUCUGGUGAUCAAGGAAACCUGAUCACGUCUCCCACUAGCGAGGAUGGAUCUGCCGUGAAGCGCACUAAGCUAAUAGAAAAAAAGACACCCAUGUAUGCUGUGGCGCUGCUGGUAACUUUACCCCCCGAGGAAGCCCGCUUACCCUUCUCGCGGCCUCCUUCUCGCAUGUCGAUGGCCUCUUCCUCGUAUCCAAAUUCCUUUGGUUCCGAUUUUGCGUCAUCCUGGACUCUUCUCGAAGCUAUUUCGGAUUCCUUAGCUUCGUCAACUCGUUCAUCCAAGCAGUUUGACAGGCGCAUCGAUGCACUCACAAGCGUUUGGGAUGUCAUACUGAGAGGACUUUCAGACGUUGAAGCCGUUGCCAAGACUGAAAUCCGGACGUUGCUUCAAUUGGUCAACCGUGAGCUCAUGUCCUCGAUGGUCAAAAUACCCAAAGGGCCAAAUGAGCAGCGAACCAAUCAACGCAAUAUCUAUCUCUCCCAAAGCUUCGCUUUGGCCCAUGUUGCAGCUCUUCACCGGUCUAGUAAACAUGUUGUGCAGCGUAUCAGCUUGGCCCUGCGGAUUCCCAAGGCUGUCACUGGAACAGGAUUUGUCGACGGGCAUUGGAUUGACGAAGCACGCUAUCUCGUACAAAUCUGCGGAUCCAAGACGCAGAACUACUUUUUCUUCAACUUAUUGACCGCCUUUCUGGGCAACCAUACAGAGUGGUUGGAGGGAAGCGGCUUUCGAUGGGCAUUCAAAGCCAAGAAAGCCGAAAAUGAAGUUGAUUCAGAUCGCGACUCGUGCUCUCGGACGGUCAUUGUUGCUGAUCAUAGAUCAUUGGCGCGGCGUCUGGUCUUUUUGCUGGCAUCCUUCCUGCCUACAUCCUCGGGUUUGAGCCCCUUUGAGCAACAAGCACAACAAUUCAAGUCGCCCCUUGCCACUCCGGGCCUGCCGUCCUCUUCGCCACUGAAACAUAUCAAAUACGCGGAUCCCAGAGCAUCAGAUCUCAGCAGGCAUGGCCAUCACGUUUCAUUUGGUAUAACGGACACUACGAACCUUUCUACCAGCGCUUCGUCGACCGGUAGUGUUGGCCACGCCUCGGCCCGUCGCAAUCGUCCGCAACUCGAACGUAAGGACUCGGACGCGGUGUCGGUCAGGACAGCUUCUCGUUUUCCAACUGUCAACUCCAGCACACAUCUACGUAAAACCAGCGCCGCCAACUCGGCUAUGACUCCUGACCCGGUCACCUCUCUUCCCUACUUCUCAGCUGCAGCAGACAGUUACUUUCCGGAGAACGCUGUCGUUGAUGGUAGCGAAAGUGUCGCUAGUGAUCAAUUAGCCAAGAUAUUGCGGCGAGACAGCAGUAAUACACUGCCUCCCCGGUCGUCUAGCGGCUCCUGGGGCUUCCUGGGCUUGUGGUCAAAAAGACCUACUCCGACGGGUAGUACUGAGGGUCGGAUGACAGCAGAUUCCAACCACGCUGACAACCCAGCAAACGUCGGUCCACGCAGAGAGCCAAGCAAGCUGGAGUCGAUGGUGGGCGAGGCUGCUUCUGUAGCUAUUCCAGCUCGGCCGAAAUAUCCCGAACAGGUUCAGGAUCCUGGCUCGUUACCGAAAGAUCUCCCCAACAUUGGUACGCCACGUCUGAAGGUCGACGAAGAGGAUGGCGUAGUCGAUGUCGACAUCGGAAUCCCUGGCUUUCUCGGAUGGGAGGUCGAAGAUGGGCCAACUUCACCGCCGAUCCGCCACCACUCACUAUCAGGGAAAAGCUAUGAUGGUGCAACGUCAAUACGCAGCUCUUUCUCCCACUCAACAACUCUUGGUGGAAUGGCUAGAGGAGAGGAAACCAGUGUGGCUGGCUACCUCAAACAAUAUCAUGAAGACUUUCGAUUGCAGGCGGUCAGGCCGUAUCCUGACCUGAUGUCUGAGAUCAAAGAAUCCAUGCUCAGAGAAAGUGACACCACUCUCAGCAAGAAGCAGGAAUCGGUGAGCAUAGAGGACAGUGAGUCUGGAGCUUGGUCGGUGGUAAGCUCGACCCUGGUGGUUGACGUUCGGAAGUUCACCGUGGAACGUCUCGUUCUACAUCGCAAGCGACGUUUCGAUGACAAGUCAGACCCAGUGACGCCGGUAACUCCGAGUGGUCAAGCUUCUCCGGCCACGAAUCAUCGAUUCACGGUUGAUACCAUUGGAGAUUUCGAUCCAACCCUUGCGGAAGCAAUAGAAGGCUUGCUCGAUAUGUCUAGGAAAGUAUCUCACUUACGAUCUACCUCGGGCGUGACCGCCUCGGGUGUGGCCACGCCUCCAGCAUCCUUUGGCCGGGAACUUGAUACGCGACCAAGAGCCCUCAGAUCCAAUUGUCGCCACGCUGUUGCGGACGCUCUGGAGCAAGUCGUGAGGAGUGUCAGCGAGGGCUUGGAUAACCACGAGAACGGCCGCACCAUAGGCCCACCAGUAGGUUCAUCAAACACCAGCAGCUCUAAGAGCGUGACUGGCACCAACAUGCUUCGCGAAGGUGUCAAGAAUUGGCUCCUCAAAGUGGAAACGAGGAGGCUUUCUACAUCACAUGCGUGGAGAAACAACAAGGAUGACAGAGAGUGUAUUAGUAUGGAGUGA